UCAUGGGGCCCCCCCGGGCAAUAGGGGAUCAUGGGGCCCCUGUGUCCUUGCCCAAACUCAAAAAAGCCAAUGAAAAAGGUACCAGGGGCAUCUCAUGGGGCCCCCUACUGACUCCGGGCCCUCGGGCAGUGCCAGAGUUUCCAAAUGGUCAGUCCGCUCCUGAUAAUGAUCCUCCCCUGUCCAUAGUCACAGAUCAGUUCUGGAGUGCAGGGACGCAUACACUGGGAUAACCCUUAGUUCCUAUCCUAGCUCAAUUAUAUACAGUAGCUGUCAUGUCAGACAGACAUGUUCAUUGUAACCUGCUUCAACAUGGAAACA